UCCCCCCCUACCUUCUCCCCCGCUUCUCCCUCAGCUCAAACUCUGUCCAUCGUGCACUAAUAAAGGAGAGGUCCUGCGCAAGCAUUCAACCUAACGAAGAGUCCCGCAGCAGACAGAGCAGCGACCCUCCCCAGCUCUGAUUCAGUCUUUUUUUUAUUUUCUUGAUUCUGAGUUCAAGGAUAAGUACCAAGGAGAUUCAGAUUAGAGGCCGAAACUCUCGCACUUGUUGCUGGCCGCGGCAGGUAAGCUGCUCUCUUGCGGCAACCAGCAGUCCUCGGAGUCUGGAGCGCACAUGGCACCGAGAAUACGCUCCUCGCUCUGCUGACAGCCGCGCACCAUGGAAUUACGCACUGGAUAAGGAGACUUAACAACUCCGUAGCUUUGUAAAAUACAAUCUCUCCCCAUUAAAGGAAUAUUUUUCCCCUCAUAUUUUACCGGUGGAAAAAAAUAAUCAAACGAAAAAGCCAUGUCGGGUUUAAACAGAACCCUCAUCCUCCGGACAGCUCGGACUCAGCGCGGUGGUGCAUCGUGUUCCUCACUCUCAUCCCGGUCAUCUUCAUGUCAGAACUCCGGUGCCAGUUCCAGGAUUUAUUGCGCCUGCCUGUUGCUGCUGCUGCUCACGACGCCUCGAGUGGACUCAUCGUGGUGGUACAUAGGCGCACUGGGAGCCCGAGUAAUCUGUGACAACAUCCCAGGUCUGGUGAACAAACAAAGGCAACUCUGCCAGCGCCAUCCUGACAUCAUGCAGGCCAUUGGUGAGGGCACCAAGGAGUGGAUCAGAGAGUGUCAGCACCAGUUCAGACACCACCGAUGGAACUGCAGCACACUGGACCGCGACCACACCGUUUUUGGACGCGUGUUGCUCAGAAGCAGUCGAGAAGCCGCCUUCGUCUACGCCAUUUCCUCAGCAGGAGUUGUGUAUGCUCUGACUCGUGCCUGCAGCCAGGGGGACCUGAAAACCUGUAACUGUGAUCCCCAUAAGCGAGGUCGAGCUAGAGAUGAAAGAGGCGAGUUCGACUGGGGCGGCUGCAGUGAUAACAUCAACUAUGGGAUCAAGUUUGCCAAAGCCUUCAUAGAUGCCAAAGAGAGGACAGUUCGGGAUGCCCGGGCACUCAUGAACUUACACAACAACCGCUGUGGCAGAACAGCAGUGAAGCGCUUCAUGAAGCUGGAGUGUAAAUGCCACGGUGUGAGCGGCUCUUGCACACUGCGGACAUGCUGGAUGGCCAUGUCGGACUUCAGGAAGACAGGUGACUUCCUGAGGAGGAAAUACAACGGGGCCAUCGAGGUGACCAUGAAUCAGGAUGGGACAGGUUUCACUGUAGCCAACAAAGCCUUCAGGAAGGCCACUAAAAACGACCUGGUCUACUUUGAGAACUCUCCGGAUUACUGCCUGCAAGACAAAACAGUAGGCUCCCUAGGCACGGCUGGGCGGGUCUGCAAUAAGACAUCUCGUGGCACAGACGGCUGUGAGGUCAUGUGCUGUGGGCGUGGCUACGACACCACCAGAAUCAAGCAAAUCACCAAGUGCGAGUGCAAAUUCAAAUGGUGCUGUGCGGUGGAGUGCAAGGACUGUGAGGAGGCUGUGGACGUACAUACAUGCAAGGCCCCCAAGCGAGCGGAGUGGUUAGAUCAGACCUGAGGACACGCCCCCAUCUGAUCCGUGUAAUGCAGCCCCACCCCUUUCCCCGUCGUGGGACAUCCAGUGGAACACUGCAUUCUGGAAAAGUUGGUCCAAAAGUGCUCUGCAUCUCCGCCCUCCACUUCUCCCACAUUGUUUCAUCAUCAUAACUGCACGGUUUUUCUACUUGUUUAUUAAAACAAUAGAACCACUAUGAAAUAAUAGUUAUUCGGACCGUUUCGUGUCUCUAUGACUGACCUGCCUGGAACAGGUUCCAGUGACACCGCUGGCUCUUACCACGAUCCAGUCCAGCCAACCCUUCGUUUCUGUGAUUACUUUCAACGGUUUGCUACUUUUGUGAUGCUUUACAGACAACAUUUCUUCAUUAACUGAGCCUUCAAACAUAUCCAGUAUUAUCAAAACAUCUUAUACUUGCAUUCAGUUUUGGGGGAAAAUUAUGUUUAUCGACUAAAACAAAAGUGAAAUUUAAAAAAAAGCGAACAUAUGUGAUUGGACUUGGGAAAGUAGCUUGGUAAGUGCAAUCUGAGAUAUAGACUUGGUGAAAUAGACCAACAAAGGACUCGAAGAUGGACAUGAGAUGGACGGGUGCAUUAUUGGAGCUUUUAAUACUAGUGUUUUUGUUGUUGUUAAUGUUGUUUUUAAGGCGAUAAAAGUUUUAAGCAAUUUAUUUAAAAUGAAAAGUGUUUCAUUUCUCAUCUAUAGAUGAGGCUGCACUACCUUGGCUUACACUGGGAGAGUUGCAAGCACUCCCAAUGCUGUGAUGGACUGGUGGACUGUAACUUCCAGUGUGCAAGAUGAGACAACCUGCUGCUGACAGAGAGACAAAGAAACCAAAUGUCUUGAAGCUCAUACGGUCGAGUUAACCACAUUAUUGACAGAUUUCACUUUUCUGCUUUCCAGCUUUCUUGUAUAACAUUGUGUAUAUUGCCUUAUCUAAACAGAUCUUCUUAUGAAAUAUAUGGUGUAAGAGAA